CCAGCAUGACGGCAGUUAUAUUGCCUCCUUUCUUCUCUCGAGUCGGUGCCUUUCUUCUACACUGUUUGUAAGUCCGGGCCGUCCGCGAGUCCACGGUCUGGCCCUGCUCACAGCUGCCGGUUCCUUGCGGUUCAACCGGAUCGCCACCCCUCGGUGUUUGUUCUUGGAAUCCAAAACUCAGUUGCGGAUCACUCCCGGAUCCAUUCUUCGUUCUCUUUUUCUCCUCCAUUCCCGCCGUCUGACGCGGCAUAUUUUCCUCCUUCCAGACUCUCUCGACUGAUGAAUCCCACUUCCAAUCCGUCGUAUAUGCCAUAACCGAGGAGGCUCCGGCCGCCAUUCUCCUUCAGGUUCACGACCUAGUCUGCACGACUCAUGUUCGCUACGAGUGUAGCGAUUCGAAUUCUUUCCUAUCGCUGAAGUUCGGAUCUAGACUGUUCUUACGUUUCAUUUUUUCCCCGUUGAACCUUGCCUCACGCUCUUCCUGGCUGCAAGCCAUCGCCUCCGGGCCGUCUUCUCCUGUUUCGUCUGGUCACCCCGCCGUCUGAACCACCGUCACCGUCACAAUGCCUCCCCAACGAGAGCCAACUAGAUGGGAAAAGACCCUGAGCUUUGGCAAGAAAAGCUACAGCUUCGGCAAGAAGGGGUUUGACAAGGCAUGGGAUGCAAUGGAUAAGCUGGGAGGCCCAGUCAACCGCCUUUCCAAUAAGGUCGGCUGCGAGGCUUUCUGGCCAAUGACGCUGGACAAGGAAAGCGACAAAGCGGCCCGUAUCCUUCGCAGUUUCUGCAAAGACGGGUUCUACGGCAAUGUUGAGGACAGAAAGUACGGCAACGAGGAAGGCCCCAAGGGCAAACAACGGGUGUUGAAAAAGAUCCCCACCGAGGUCAUUAAGAACGCAAAGGGACUCUGUAUCUUCACGACCAUGCGCACUGGUCUCUGGGUGAGUGGUUCGGGUGGAAGUGGUGUCCUUCUGGCGCGUAUCCCCGAGACCGGCGAGUGGAGUCCUCCUUCCGGCAUUCUACUACAUACGGCUGGCAUCGGGUUUCUGGCUGGCGUCGAUAUCUACGACUGUGUGAUCGUCAUCAAUAACUACGAAGCGUUGAAGGCCUUCAAGCUGUUCCGAUGCACAUUAGGAGGAGAAAUCAGCGCCGCAGCGGGACCUGUUGGCGUGGGGGGUGUCCUGGAUACAGAAGUCCAUAAGCGGCAGCAGCCCAUCUGGACAUAUAUGAAAAGUCGCGGUCUGUAUGCAGGAGCGCAGGUGGACGGGACCGUUAUCGUUGAGCGGGUCGAUGAAAAUGAGCGAUUCUACAAUGGGCGUUACUCCGUCGAUGAAAUCCUCGCAGGCAAGAUCAGACAUCCCCCGUUCGAAGUCAGACCUCUCUUGCAGACCGUCAAGGCUGCACAGGGAGAUUCCGACGUUGAUGUGAAUGCCAUUCCUUCUCCAGGACAAACACCGGGAGACAUGCAGGUGCUGCCUCCUGGGAGCGCCACCUUUGGUAUCCCGGCAGUUGAUGAUCCUGACCCGUACGGGGUAAAGGCACUCGAGGCUGAGGGGUUUUUCAUUAGAGAAGCCGGGUCAAAAGAGCGACCAAGCCAGGACGCAUUCGAGUUUAAGCCUGCUGUCAGCAGUUCCGUCUAUGGCUCCUCGCGGAAUAGCUGGCGUGGUAGUGUGACAAGCCACGUUAGCCACACGAGCACAGACAGGGGUGUUCAGACGGAUGAAAAAUCAAUUGCCGCGGUGACAUCGUCAGCCAAGGGGUCUCCCAGGAGUAUCCUGGAGGCCAGUCCCUUGAACAAGGCAGAUGGAAAUUUGGAAGCUAUAUCAAGUGGAAAGGGACAUGACCAGAAGAGCAAUGACGAGGACAAUGAUGAAUUUUACGAUGUCGAAGUACAUGAUGCGAGCAGCACAGCUGUCUCGACCCACAACGCCGAGGAAACCAGUGUCCAUGUCGAACCUCAGACGACUGCUCCAGAAUCCGGUAGUCAGUCUCCCACGUUUACACGAGCAAAACUGGUGACUAUUCCCAAGCGCGGCCCGCCUCCUCCUCUCCCACCCCGCAACCCGCAACGCCCUGCGAGCGCCUCUAUGGCAAGCCAACCAACCUCGCCUGUUUCCCCUGCCUCCCCUGCCUCCCCGCUUCUGGAAACCAGUGAGCCCCUCGCCCUAGAUUCAAAGUUAAGCGAAGAGGACCACCGCGCCUCCAUGGACGGCUUUACCGAGGUUUCUUUGACGAAUAACGCAGCUAAGACCGAUGCCAUUGCCGAAGAUACACCAGCUGUACAUGAAGAACCCCACGUUGCACAUGACACACUCUCUACCUCUUCCGAGAAGGAGGAAGUGGAGGUUGCUCAGGGGGAACCCCACGUUGAACCUGCCAGACUUUCUAUCGCUUCUGAAAAGAAGGAGGUGGAGGUUGCACAUGAAGAACCCCACGUUGCACCUACCAGACUCUCUGUCUCUUCCGAAAAGAAGGAGGAAGUGGAGGUUGCUCAGGAGGAAGCCCAUUCUACCGCCAGGCUCUCGGUCUCUUCCGAGAAGGAGGAACUGCACACAGUACAACCCAUCCCCCAUGCUCCUGAAUCAUCCGAGUCGAGUGAGCAGGAGAAAGAGGUAAAGCCUGACGACCAUGAGGAGCUGGCAAAGGGCCACUCGGAAACGGCAGUUGCAAUCUGA